ACUGCUGUGCACCGUGUCUCUUUUUGUCUCAGUGUGCUUUUGCAGCCCAAAAAGUUCAUCUUUCAUUACAAGAAUAUGCGCUGGGCAAGGGGCCGGCAUGAGACCUACCUCUGCUUCGUAGUGAAGAGGCGAGUGGGCCCAGACUCCAUGACCUUUGACUUUGGACACCUCCGCAAUCGCAGUGGCUGCCAUGUAGAGAUGCUGUUUCUGCGCUACCUGGGAGUCCUGUGCCCUGGUCUGUGGGGGUGUGGAGCUGCUGGAGAGAAGAGGCUCAGUUACUCCAUCACCUGGUUCUGCUCCUGGUCUCCCUGUGCCAACUGCUCCACCAGACUGGCCCAGUUACUCAGCCAGACGCCCAACCUCCGCCUCAGGAUCUUCGUCUCACGCCUUUACUUCUGUGACUUGGAAGACAGUAAAGAAAGAGAGGGCCUGAGAAUGCUGAAAAAAGCUGGAGUGCAGAUCACAGUCAUGACUUACAAAGACUACUUCUAUUGCUGGCAAACCUUUGUGGCUCGUAGGCUGAGCAGCUUCAAGGCCUGGGACGAGCUGCACCAAAACUCUGUUCGCCUCACCAGAAAACUUCACCGUAUCCUCGAGCCAUUUGAAACAGAAGAUUUCAGAGAUGCCUUCAAACUGCUCGGCCUGUGAAACAUACUUGACGUGACUUCCUGUUACCAUGUGACCAAGUCUACUGUCGUGUCUAUAGAGAAAACACAUGGUCCAUCACUACAACAACUAAACUGAGAUUGUUUGUUUACUGAGAAAAUUGUGGCAAGGCUUUUAACA